GUUAAGCGUGUCCAGGGGCUAACCCAAUUUGGACAUUGCGUCAUGCCUGCACGUGACGCACGUGGACUAAAUCGAUUUCCUGAGAGACAAAGUAACCAAUAGCGCCUUUUCUCUCAUUUCUAUCACUUAGAUCUCAACAAUGCAUGCCAUACAGCAACAAUUAUUCGCUGUCCGAGAAUAUCUCAGUCCAGUAUUGAAAGAGAGUAAAUUCAAGGAGCAUGGUCGUAUCACGCCUGAGGAGUUUGUGGCGGCGGGAGACUUUCUGGCGUACAAGUUUCCAGUUUGGACAUGGGAGAAAGGCGACGCCUCCAAGACUCGCGAAUAUCUCCCAGCCGAAAAGCAAUACCUCGUAACACGAGGCGUGCCCUGCCUCCGACGAGCGACUUCACUAGCAUACACCGACGCCGAUGAAGACGCGGAACGAUUGCUAUCCUUUGGCGACUCUUUCGCUUCGGCUGAUGAGAAGGACGAAUGGGUAGAGACUCACGCGGGGAGGAAGCCCAACACGGACUCUGCUGCCAACCCAGGGGAGAUCGACGAUAUCCCAGAUCUGGAAGGCCCCGUCGCGGGGCUGUCGCUAGACUCGUCAGCACCGGGCGAGAUACCUGAUCUGGAUGAUAUUCCAGAUAUGGAGGAGGAAGGGCUGGAAGAGGGCGACGAGGCUACCGCUGCAGCCCCCGCUGUAACAAAGGCAUGCGUGACCAAUGCUAGCGAAGUCGAAGUAGCCAACGGCAACCUCCUGCAGGUCCGGACUUACGAUGUGAUGAUCACCUACGACAAGUAUUACCAAACACCCCGAAUCUGGCUGCUUGGCUACGAUGAGAACAGAACGCCCCUAACACCACCUCAGAUAUUCCAAGAUGUUUCUGCUGAUCACGCUCUCAAGACGGUGACCAUCGAAGCUUUCCCACAUUCCGCGACGUUGCAAGCUGCGUCGGUGCACCCAUGCAAGCAUGCUAGCGUGAUGAAGAAGGUCAUCGAGCGUAUGAAUAGCAGCGUCGUCGCGGAGCAGCUGGCCCAACAGAAGCUGGUGCCAAAGGAAAAGAAGAAGUGGUUCGGGAGGAAGUCGAGUGGUGGUAAAGAUGACAAGGUACUCAGUGGCGACGAAGAAGAGGUAGAAGGAAUGCGGGUAGACUUCUAUCUGGUGGUAUUUUUGAAGUUCAUCGCUUCGAUUGUCCCAACGAUUGAGGUGGAUUCUACCACGUCGUUCUGAGUGGUUUGUACAUAUAGAUUGAUACCCGAUGAUUUGGGAGUAUGCUCGUUAUUCAGUGUCAGAAGUUUAUGUCAAUGUAUCAUAUAUUUACUUGUAUAAUUCGUACUGAACUUGGUAUUCGAUUAAAGACUGACAAAGCGAUAACAAACAAGUCCUGCAGGCUGGCCACUGUAAAUAUAACGUCGUGUACACUAAAUUUCAUGAAGAAAAACAGAUUUAUUAACAAAUAUAUAGAGUAUGAGUACAUUAAGAGAGCUAUGCUAUGUAUCGUCAAUGGGAGUCGCCUGCAGUCCAACCCAGUCAGGCUAGUAGCCCGACGUGUUGACUGACCGAUUCACAAGGUGAACGAGCAUCAGUCGUCCUUCUGUAUUCUGAGAGACUCCAGGCUACACAUGACAGAUGGUCAACGCGACUAGCCAUGUUUAUGUGCAGUAACACAGAUGUCAAGCCACUGCUUUGAUGAAAUCGAAGCAAAAGAACGUGCACAUG